ACCUGCCUCCAAGGUCGUCUAUGUUUAACGUUUACUAUACGCUGUCACUCCACGCAACGUCGUCUUAGUAGAACCCUAUAAAUUUGCACGAUUGCUCCUAUUCUCAAGUGCAAUGGAUCUGGUGCCACCUUUAGCUGCUAUUCAAGCAUGCAGUGUUCAACCUCUAGAAGACUACGAAGGUCCAAGAGCUCCUCUCCGGCGUCAAAUCUCCUUAGACGAGGAGCGUCGUGACGAGUGUCGCGGACAUUGGAGGGGGGUGCACAUACAGGAUGAAGAAGAAGAGAGGGGGGUGAGGCUGUUCAGAGCCCUGCUACUCCAGCAUCUCAGGCUGGAGGAGCUUAGGCCUCCCCCUUGCUAUUUGGCGGCUGCUAAACCUGACCCUAGAGGUUGGUGGAUGUACUGGCGGGAUUGGCGGGCGCUGGAGCGGGCAUCGAGGAAGUUCAGGGAGUCUAUUGCACGCAGCAGACUGGCCGCAAAGGCUGAGCACAUAUCCCUGUUGAGCUUGGAUGAAGUGGAGUUUGAGGACAUCAUGCAGGAGCUGUGUCAGAGGUGCGCUCACGUUGAACAAAGGGCUUUGGUUGUCCUUGCUUUCCUCUGCGAAGUUUGUGCGAGAGCAGUCAGGGUCGGCGGCUGGUGCAGGGCGGCCGACUGGGCGGCGAGACAUGUAGCGCAGUGUGCUACACCCUGGGCUAUGAAACAUGGUGGAUGGAGUGCAGUAGUGGAAAAAGCUGGAGGCACUCGCCGGGACGACACGACGUUCAUAGCUGGUGCAGCUGUAGCGGCACUCCUUGCCUUCCUCCUGUUAUGCCGCACUCGGCUCCGACACGCCCUGCACUAGGUGAGGAAGCAACACUCCUUGGAUCACCUAUGUAAACUCCUGGAAAGAAUCCAGCGGUGUUGUAAAUCUCGAUUUAUUCCGAGUCAAAAAGGCGGUGGGUACUACGUAAUUUCAAAUUUUGAACUGUGUAACAGUUAAUAGUUAUGACAGAGAAAACUAUAGUUGUAAUAUAUCUUCUAAUUCGUUCACAUAAAAAAAUGAAAUGCACAUUAGAAAUAUAUGUGGAGAAACGGGACAAUAGUCUUUUUAUGUCCCUUAUCGUGUGUCAGUUACAGGGCACGCCCGCCGCGACAUCCCGACGUAUUGAAUAUAAUCUUUGACUUUGGGAUAAGCCAUGAGAUAUUUCUCUGCUCAUUAAAAAGUUGUCAAAGUUUGAACGUGAAGGGUCUAAGUAAGGGUUAAGAUUUUCACAAUUAAUUAUUAAAAAAAUAUUUAUUAAAUACCCAUUAAAUUAAGAAAUUCUUGGCCUAUCGAUAAUUAAUGAAUUUCAAUAAUCCUACCAGGUAAUAAUUAUAAAUGCGGAAGUUUGUGAGGAUUUGUGUGUGUAUGUUUGUUACUCUUUCACACAAAAUGUACUGGAUAGAUUGUUAUGAAAUUUGGUACACGGGUAGAAUAUAACCUGGAAUAACAAAUAGGAUACUUUUUAUCCCAAAAUUCCCACGGGAGCGAAGCCCCGGGGCACAGCUAGUGUUUUGUAAAUAUUCCUCAUAAUAAAUCCUUUUUAAUAUCUAGAUCUUAAGCACUUCUUUAAUUUAAAAUAAUUUGUAUUAUAGUUGAUUUUGUAUUAUGCUUAUUAUUAUAAAUAUAAGCCAAAAGGGGGGGGGGGGAUUCAACUCUAGGAAUGAGAAUAACAAUGUGGGUAGUAUUUUUAUAUUGAGAUUGUAUGUUGUAAAUGUUACUUGGACUAUUUUUUUAGUGUUAAUGUCAAUGUUUGCAAUGAAAUAAAUACUUGUUUUUA